AUGGCGGAACAAGAGCAGCCGCAGCAACUCCCCGAGGCGCCCUUUCCUGCACCACCCCCAUUCUGGAGGCAUUUCACCAUUGCCAACGAGGAACAACUGAAGAAAAUUGAGACAUCCGAUGCGCCACAGGAAAAGCUGCCCUUACAUCUGGCUUAUUUGCGUCCACCGCGUCCACCACCAGAUUCAGCGGAAUUCUACACCGCGUUCGGCCAAAAGCAAGUCAUCGAUCCUACCAAGCCUUCGUCCUUACCUACCGAGCAACUCCUUUUCAAUCCUGACAAUCCGAACCUCAAUCACGCUGUCCUGUUGAGUACCCUUACCAAGUCUCUUCUCCUCAACUUUCUCGAACUGACGAGCGUAUUGUCCCUCGAUCCUACGAAACAUGAAGAAAAGAUGGAGGACAUCAGACAAUUGGUCUUGAAUAUUCACGUGGUGAUAAACAUGUAUCGACCGCAUCAAGCUCGUGAGAGCGUGAAGGAAAUGCUCGAGGGAAUUUUAGAAGAUGGCCAGAGGGAAAUCAAAGAAUGCAUCAGACUCAAGCAGAAAGCUGAAGACUUUCUCGGCGACGUGAAGAGGCUGAGGACAACUACCGCUCUUAAUGGUGCGAUCCACGAAAACGGCACAUCAGGGCCUCAAACAUCCCAGAUGCGAAAGAUGGAGGAGCAACAAAGACGGUGGAAAAUGAUUCACGACAUGACCGAUUCAUGA